AUGUUCAGAUCAAUUGAUACUAAUCCCACUACUUCUAAUCAAUUCUUCACCAAGAAUACCAACAGUGUUUUGCUGACACCGAGGCAGAGAUGUGAGGCAGAGGAAUUAUUGCUGGAGAGCAGGGGUGAGCAACUUCCGGAUGACAAAGACUUGAACGAUCUAUGGAAUGAUUUGGAAAAGAUGAAGGAUGCUUCAGUGGAUGAAAAAGAGUGGUUCAUCACCUACCCCAAUUUCCUCAAGGCUAAGCAAGAAGUUAGCCUCAAAGUCAGCCACUUCUUCACGGCACCCAUCUUCGCCAAAAUCUCUCACGCCGAACGCCUUUCUCGUAUCAACAUUCACGAUUUCUUCGCCUUCGUCAAGAAAACCGUGUGCCUUCAGAAAACGCGAAUCGCACUUUCCAAAUAUGAUCAUCGAGGUGAUGGCUAUCUUCAAGAAGUCGAUCUCGAAUCCUACAUAACCGACCUCAUUCCUUCUCUUUGCCACGUAAACGAAGUGGACGAAGAAUACAAACCAUUCUACAUCAGUUUCGUGGUUCGCACAUUUCUCUUCUUCCUCGAUCCUCUGCGUGCCGGUCGCAUUCGGAUCCUCGAUGUGCUUGCCUCUGAGCUCAUUGAGCCACUUUUUCAACUGGCCAACACAUCCUUGACUCAGGCACAGCUGGAGGAGAACCCCCUCACAAUCCAACGCGUUAUGAUUGCCUACACCAAUUUCCUUCUACUGGAUACUGAUAGGAGUGGAAUGCUCUCGCGAGAAGAGUUAAACAGCCUCAAUGACGCAACGCUCACUGAUGCCUUCUUGGAUGGGGUGUUUCAAUCAUGUCUCACGUAUGGCGGUGAAAUGGACUUCAGAGUCUAUGUCGACUUGAUGCUAGCGAUAGAGAACCGCAAACUGCCCCAAUCAAUCGCCUACUUCUUCCGAAUUGUUGACUCGGGUGGACAAGGUCGACUGUGCGUCAAAAGUGUGGAGUAUUUGGUCAAAUCACUUUUCCAACUUCUUCCAGACGAACCUGACGCUCGAACACUUCGCGAUGUAGUGGAUGAAAUUUUCGAUAUGGUCCAACCUCAGCAUCCAGGCUACAUUACACUGGAGGACUUACUCAAAUCGGGACACGGCCACACAGUCUUGGCAAUUCUAACUGACGCCAAGUGUUACAUGGAAUACAAAAAUCGUGAUCUUUGA